AUGUUUUUAAUUUAUGCGAUUUUUAUCGUGAUUCCGUUCGUAACCUCUAACUCAUACGAUGACGAAAUCAGCUAUCGAUCUAGUGUUAUGGAAGAUAAGAGGCCCAUACUCCGCAUGCCUGUUAUGUCAGAAUCAGAAGAAUAUGAGGAAGGUACAGAUAGAAGAGAAGGGAAAAGUACAGAGUAUACUGAAACCACAGAAAAUGCGAGACCAGUGAGAGACCUGACUCUCUUGGUUCAUUGGCUGAUCGAUAAAUUUGGGUAUGAUGUCCCACAAGGCCGUAAAAAUAAUGAUGAUUUUAUGGAGCCUGGAAUCAAAAUACCGGUCCUGCAUGCACAGUCAGAUGAAAAUGAAGAAACGACACCUAAACCUGCAGAACUUGAAAAGGGAAAUUUCACUUCUUUGAUAACACUGGCAAAGUUGAAAAAGCAAAAUAAGGAAAAGCUUGAGCCCUUAUGGGUGACAGACCUUAAAGAUUUCAUCAAGGAUCUCACUACGAAGUUUGGUGAACAAGAUGUUGCGCAAUACACAAAACCUAUUAUUGCUUCAUUAGAGAAAAAACAUCACGUGCAAAUUAGAGAUAUAGACCGUAAUGUAUUAUGCGAAAUUUUUAUUAACUACGUCCCAACGAAGUCGAGCAAAAAGAGAGAGAGAUCAGAAGGUCGAGUGAUGAGGUACAAAUCGAAACAUAAUAGACCAAAACCUAAACUUAACUAUGAAAAUUCGGGAUGA